AUGGCAGUCCGCCGCAUCCUGCAACUCAUCGAGACAAAGCCAGCGCCCGAGAACCACCAGUCGAUCGGGAAGGGGCGCUGGUCGAAUAAGGAUCUCGAGCCGACGUACCCCGAGGAGCGGACGUGGACGUGGUACAACCUCCCCCUCUUCUGGUUCUCCGUCGCGUUCGGCGCAACGGGGUGGAAUGUCGCUGCGAGUUUGGUCGCGACCGGCCUGACAUGGUCCCAAGCCUUCAUCUCCUGCUGUCUGGGCUCGUUCAUCGCAGCCCUCGGCGUAACAGCCAUGGCGCGUCCAGGGGCAACAUACCACAUCGGCUUCCCCGUCCUCGCCCGCUCCCCCUUCGGCCUCUACGGCUCCUACUUCUUCAUCUUCAUCCGCGCCGCCGUCUGCAUCGUCUGGUACGGGAUCCAGAGCAUGUACGGCGCGAACCUGCUCUCCAUCAUGCUGCGGUGCAUGUUCGGGGCCCGCUGGGUGAAUCUGCCCAAUACGCUGCCGGUAUCCGGCGACGUUAGCUCGAAACAGCUCCUGUGUUUCUUUCUCGUCUGGAUCGCGGAGUUGCCGUUUUGCUUUGUGCAUCCGACGAAGAUACACCUGCUCUUCAGUGUCAAGGGCGUUGUUAUGCCGUUUGUCACGUUUGGCUUGUUUGCGUGGUGUAUGGCCCACGGCGCCGGGAUCGGGAGUAUACACCUUGCCUCUGCCUCGGCCACUGCACCGACAGGCGCGAAUCUUGGCUGGGCCGUUAUGGAUGGGAUUAAUGUGAUCAUGGGCAGUCUGAGUCCGAUGCUGGUCAACCAGCCGGAUCUGGCGCGGUACUGCAGGAGACCAAGUGAUGCGGGGUGGGCGCAGGGGGUCGCGGUGUUCGUGAGUAAAGUCGUUGUGUUCUUUUUGGGGCUCGCGAGCACGGCGAGUAUUCAGGGGAAGUGGGGGACUGCGUACUGGAAUAUCUGGGAUCUCCUGGAUGCCAUCCUCGACCACGAGUGGACGCCUGGGUCUCGGUGCGCCGUGUGGCUGGUUGCAUUCAGCUUCCUGGUUAGCCAGUUUGGGACGAAUUUUGGAGGCAAUUCAAUUCCGUUUGGGGCGGAUAUGACGGGGUUGUUUCCGCGGUUCCUGACUAUCAGACGCGGGCAGGUCCUUUGUGCGGUGCUGGGGAUCUGUGUUGUGCCGUGGAAACUCCUGGCUAGUGCGGGUGAUUUCUUGAGUUUCCUUGGGAGCUAUAAUAUCUUCAUGGCGCCGCUUUGUGCUAUUGUCAUAGCAGACUACAUCUCGCGCAAGGGGAACAUCCAUGUCCCCUCGCUAUACGACGCCUCCAAAACAGGCCUCUACUGGUUCUGGUCGGGGGUGAACUACCUCGCUGUCUUUGCGUGGAUUGCCGGUGUGGCACUUGGUCUACCCGGUCUGGUCGGCGAGUAUCAGCCGCAGUCCGUGAACUCGGCGGCGAAGAAUAUGUUCAAGAUGGGCUGGAUCCUGACGUUUGUGGUUGCGGGUGCUGUCUACGCAGUCUUGUUUAGGGUUGUUAAGCCUAGAGUCUUCCCUGAUGAUGUUAGUGCGGGUCGAGGGUGGGAGUACCUGGCCAAGGAGGGGCGAGACGGCUUCCUGGAUGGCGAGAGGGACGUUGUGGAGGGGGUGGUGAUGUCGGAGGGGCCGAAGGGGGUGUCCAGCGUUAUGGAGAAGGGCGAUAAGAUCAGUGUUUGA